AACAACGCCCGUCCAUGCUCGUCACUGUUGCAGUGACGCACUACAGACACCAUCGACCGUCCAACUUGUUGCAUCUUGCGUGGUUUCAUUUUAUUUCCCUUUCCGAUCCCGCAGUCUGGUGUUCUCCGCAGGAGAACGGCUGUCGGCGUGUUGCGCAGCGCCUGUAUCGACUUGCACCUCCUCAUCGGCGUAUCCGACCUACAUUCCUUACAUUCCCAUCCACCGUGUCUAGUCUGCUCAUCACGCUUUGAGCGCUUGCAAGGACCUUUAGGAUUGCUUGAAUAGCUGCCAAUUCAUUCAAUAUGCCGAAAGCAGAGGCUGGCACGGCGAAGCAUUUCGCCAACCAGCAGAAAGCCAAAGGGCUCACGCGUCUGCGCUUCUACUGCCAGGUCUGCGAGAAGCCAUGUAGGGAUGAGAACGGGUACAAGUGUCACAUCGAGUCGGAGAGCCACAUGCGGCGGCUGCAGGCGAUUACCGGCAGCAAGGGCGAGCUGGCGGGCAAGGUGAUCGACGGCUUUAGCCAGCAGUUCCAAGAUGCGUUCGUCAGCCUGCUCAGCAGGCGCUACGGCACGCGCCGCAUCAAGGCCAACACGGUGUACAAUGAGUACAUCCAAGAGCGCCAUCACCUUCACAUGAACGCCACGCGUUGGCUCUCCCUGACUGAGUUCUGCAAGCACCUCGGCCGCGAGGGCAUCGUCAAGGUGGAGGAGGACGAGCAAAUCCCCGGCACGUGGUUCCUCUCAUGGGUCGACAACAGCCCCGGUGCGCUCGCAAGGCAAGAUGCAUUGAUGAAGCUAGAGCGCGCCAAGCUUGACGAUGAGAGCCGUCAGCGCCGCUUUCUCGAGGAGCAGAUCCGCAAGGCGCACGAGGCAGCAGAGGGGAACAGCCAAGGGACCAGUGCUGCGGGAGCGGGGGCGGGUCCGCAAGAAAGCAUGCUCAUGAGAGACGAAAAUGCCAAGCCGAUCAAAAUCGGCUUUGGCACCAAGCUCAAACCACCCAGUCCGCCAGAUGACAAGGAACGCGAUAACGCAGCCCCAGCGGUAGCAGCGAAUGGCGAUGCGAGCAGCAGUAGCAACCCUCUUUCGGCAAGCGCACUGGUCCUACCCUCGGCGGACGCACCCUCGGCACCAGGGUCAGGAUUAGGGUUUAAGCUUGGCAUGGGCCUUAGAGCAGCUAGCAAGUCCACUGCACCCGCAGCCGGAUUCAAUGCGUUGAAAGCCGCCUCUUCCAAGCAUUCUGCGGCUGCGCCGCUGCCUACCAGCUUCGGUGCAAGCGCAUCGGCGGGGGCGACAUCUACUAAAGCGCCGCAGCGGGCAUCGAUCGUGGACCAAAUCAUCAUGGACGAGAUGGAGAAGAAAAGACGGAAGGAAGAACGAGAGCGAGAGCGGGACCGAGGGCAGCCGAAGCGCAUGCGACUAUGACGGAGGUUCAUCUUCCUGUAUCCUGAUCCACCUCCUCUCGCUCUUGCCCCCUUUCCCUUUUUGGACCCGCGCAUGUGCUGGGCCGCUUUUCUUGGGCUCCAACGGCGACGCAAUAAGGACCCUGUGUGUAUUUGUACAAAGUUGCAUUCAAAGCAUUCCAUCUCAC